AUGUGCAGGAACGAUCACAACCUCCAAGUUUCAACCACGUACGGAUGCGUUCUCUAUCCCGUCAAGUUCACGGCUCGACAACUGAUGAAGUCGUUAGACGCAUCCCACAAGAGGACGACAGACAGAGACCGCGAAAAGGAGCGAAUCGAGAAGAAAUCGUCCAAGAAGCUGGUCGGCGGUGGCCCAUACAACCAUUCAACCUCUUUCAUUCUUGAUGAUCAUCAUCAAGAACAUCAUCCUCCUCUUUACCUCAAAUAUCCAACCGUCAGUAUAAAUAUCAUCGAAUACUUGGUCCUGCAUUAUAUCACCGAAUGGGUCAAGAUUGGCUUCGGUAUACCCGAAGCAAACCCAAGACCACCAUCCAGCCACCGGUGA